UUUGCGAACUCUCAACCACACGCAACAAGGAUGUUUGACGACAACCAACUAUUGGGCAUUGUUUUCAUGGAUUGUAAAAGCCAUGAAGCCUCAUAACUCUGGGUUUCUGAUCAUUUGUAGACUGAAUCUAGUAGAGUUGUAAGAAAAGAGAAAAGAAAAUUAAUUUACUUUUGAAUUUUUCCUUUUUACUCAACAUUAUCCAGUACCGUACCUAAACCGCUGCUUCUUCAAUUUCAUUUCAUUCAGCAACAUGCCAGAUGAUCAAGAACCAAUGCUACCUAAAGAUGAAAGUUCAAAUUUCAAGCUCAAGCACUGGAAAUGGUUGGUUUUGGUGGCACUACAAGUGAUAUUGCUUCUAGUGGGUCAGGCUUCUGGUAUUAUACUCGCGAGAUUUUACUAUGCGCAGGGUGGUAAGAGCAAAUGGUUGAUUGCUCUUUCCCAAACUGCAGGCUUCCCACUUCUCUUUAUUCCCCUCUUUCUUCUCCCUUCUUCCAAAAAUCCUUCAUCCUCACCGUCUGCGAAAGUUCUCGCGCCGGUUUACUUCGUUCUCGGAAUGCUCUUAGCUGGUGACACUAUUUUCUUUUCUUUUGGACUCUCAUAUCUCUCCGCUUCCACUUACUCCUUACUCUGUGCAACCCAACUAGUUUUCGUUGCCGUUUUCUCAUAUUUCAUAAACUCUCAGAAGAUCACUAUAUUGAUUCUUAACUCCGUGGUUGUCCUGUCACUAUCUGCAGCCCUUAUUGCAGUCAAUGAUGACUCGAAAGGACCAACCGGAGUCUCAAAUUCGAAGUACAUCAUCGGCUUCAUUUGCACACUCAUAGGCUCUUCAAUAGCCUCUCUUUUAUUUUCUGUUACGCAGCUCUCUUUCCAGAAGAUUCUACCUAGGGAAACAUUCUCUGUGGUACUGGAACUGCAAAUCUAUAUACAACUCGUCGCCGUUUGUGCUCCGCUAACGGGUCUUUUUGUGAGUGGGGAAUGGAGAGUUUUGUAUGAAGACAUGGAGGGCUUUGGCAAAGGAAGAUUUGGUUAUGUUAUGACUUUGUUCUGGGGAGCUCUGGCAUGGCAGGUUUGGUCUUUUUGUUCUUCAGGAUUGAUAUUUUUGGUCUCUUCUCUCUUCGCAUGUGCAAUUGGUAACCUCGCUUUGGCUGUAGCUCCAAUUGCUUGUGUCAUAGUAUUUCAUGACAACAUGAAUGGAGUGAAGAUAAUAUCUAUGCUUAUGGCAAUUUGGGGACUUAGCACUUACACUUACCAAAACUAUCUUGAUGAUUCCGAGGCAAGAAGAACAGAUACUUGUAUUACUGAAUCACAAAAUGAUUCGUUCAUUUGAUGAACGUGGGCAGAAGCACAGAAAUUCAUUGCCUUGUAUAAUUAAUUACCAGGUUCCUCUUGUUUUGGAAUUCAAGCAUCUUAUCAAUUUAUUCAUGGUUGCAGUAGUACUUUUGUUGUAACUUCAAGUUUCAUUGAUUUAAGUAUCAUCAAGUUUCUUUUCUUU